AUGGCACCUUUUUCUUUUAUAAAAACAUCUACAUUAAUCUUUGCAUACUUAUUCUUAUGGUAUCAAACCAAUUAUCAACACCAGGUGAGUGCAUUAAGCACAUUAAAGGAUGAUGAUAUAUCGGAUGGAAGCGGUUUAUAUUCAUCAGAGGAAGAUAUAAACAGGACACAUGGUCGUGCAAAGACAGUGCAAGCAGUUGGAAGAAAUAUUCCCCCGUCAUCACAUCAAGAGGAGUCGGACGACAAUGAUGAUGUGAGCACAUUGCUGGGUUCGAUAGACAACGAAUUGUUAGAACAUACACUAUCAGGACAAACACCAUGUUCAGCGAAAGGAAGAGAAAAUAGUUCUAAAGGAAUUGGAACAAGAAUAAAAGAAUGUUGUAAAAAAUUAACACAUUAUAAAAAUAAAAAUAAAAUACUACUAACUACUGUAUUAGUUCUCUCAGUUCUGUACCCAUUAGCCUUGUUCGCCGUAAUCCUGGGUUCCAUCUUGUCAAAUAUCAUUGGUGGUAACACGCCGGCUUUCUAUAUAUGCUUAGUGGGAGUUCCCAUAAUUAUUGUAUUAAUCUAUUUUGGCAUACUAUUCUGGUUUUAUCGUUCAAAAGUUUGGGUUAAAUGUAUUACUAAAAAUGCCGAAAUACGAAAAUGUCUGCGAGAAGAAUUCGAAAAAGUGCAACAAAAACAACAACAACGACAAACACAAGAACGACGUCUUUAA